UCGUUUGCCGUAAGUACAACAUAGAUAUCAUAUGUUAACGUCUCGUUUGCCCGCAACACACAAAACAGUAACCAGUGUCACCUUGGCAUGAGGCAAACCUUUGAGCAGCUUAAGGAGGGAAAUUGUUUGGUGGGAAGCGAAUACAAGAGAGUCACAACCACUGAACUUUGUCCGUGCACUGAUAUUGAUUAUGAAUGUGGUUACGGUUACAUCACCACAUCCUCGGGCUGUAAGAAGGUCGUAGGUAAGGGAUCUCCAAUCGAUGAUAUACGGGAUAUUCUGGACGAAGAUACGACACCUACUAUACCACCUUGUGUGAAUGGGCUGCGUAAAAUGCCAACACAGUACCGAAAAGUACCCGGUGAUCAAUGUCAGAAUGAUCUGGAGGGAAAGUUGUUUACAAUUGUGAAUUGUUCAAUUGUAGUCACCCCACCACCCCCUCCAACUAUCCAUGUUAAACUACUGAAUAAAACCAAUGAAGUCAAGAUUGGAGAAGUUCUACAUUUUACUGCAGUGAGCAACAGUGAGACAGUAUGGUCUGUAAUAAGAACAGCUGAACCAAAAGACAAGAUCACGACACGCCCAGUUAAACGAGAUGAAAUAUCUUUGAACCCAACCAAACCUGGGGCUUACCAAGUUCGAGCUUCCAACCCAAAACAUCCAACUGUGUCGGACACAAUGCUCGUGUCAUUCUGGUACCCGAUUGAGAACGUAUUGAUCUACUGCCCUCCCGUGGUAGAAGUGGACACCCCGUUUAACGCCACAGCGACCCUCGCGACCAAAUAUGGGCUGAGGGGAACGUCAUCUUUGUUGGGGAGAGUUAGUUACAUUUGGAGCACCGAGAACUCAAAUACGUACAAACUGUCGUCGUCCCCCUUGAGAGCAACACCAAUCUAACAGAUGAUCUUCUCACUCAUACGUGGCUUCGUGAUCUUCAAGCUAUGUUUGCUAGGGCUUUGAUAGAAAAACAACUAAUCAACAUCUUACAUGCGAACCAAAUGUUGCAAAAUAAACGAUUCCACCUUUUUAUCGAACCCAACCUUCCACUCACUGCCAAACUUUUAUUCUCGCACGAUAAAGAUGGUCAACCUUCCAGUGAUGCCUUGUUAAAAAUAGCAUCCAUCAUAGAACAAAAGCUUGCUAGAGAUAAAAUAGUUUUGCAUCUACCACACGGAGUUGUACUUACUUCCAAAGUACCUUACAUGAUUAACGCAAAAGGUGUUUACAUUUACAUGAAGAAGUCCGGAACCUCACCCGGGAUCAUCGUCCUCAUCAUAUUACUUUGUGUUCUACUUAUAACGAGCAUUGUGGCCAUGGUCAGGAGAUAUUCGAGGAACUCUCGAUGGAAUAGUUACCUGGGAUCAUGGAAACCCCACUUGAGGUCCUCGCGUGGAAGAUCACAAGACCACACAGCCAUCGUGGACCAAGACCAACUUAUGGAAAACGAACUCGACACCAUGGAUAUAUCAACGACAAUCCAAGGAAACAUGCAGAUAGGUUGAAAACCAUCCAAGCGCGACAUGGUUGAAGAACAAAUAAUAUGAUUUCUAUGUUGUACAGAUACUCGAUAUUUUUAUAGCAUUUUGUAUACUAUUUCUAUGGGUAAUAAGGCGGGUACUUCCUUCGUAUGAAAAUUAAAACCAAAAAUCCUUUAACAAUCUCAACUUCAAGCGUGAAAUAACAUUUUAACUAAAGCAAUUUUUUAAAUACUUUUAUUAUACCCUUUCAAGUGGCGUCUAACAUACACACGUUCUGUAUUUUGUUACUUUUUACCACUUUCACACUUUAUAACAUUGUAAGUAAUAAUUCUUUUUAUAUCACCGACUAUACAAUAAUUUAUUCCAUCAUUCCAUAAAAGAUAAUGUUUUACUAAAAUGAAUUAUUUCAAAAUGCAGUUUUUGUAAAAAAAUUUUUUAAAUACCCGAAAAUAUAAAUAUAUUGCUAAACUGAUUAAUUAAACUCUUGAUUGAAUGCAUUAAUUGCUAUUUUAACAAAUGUUUCAUUUAAAAAUGAUUCUGCCGCAAACGAGUGCCAAUUACAGAUUUCAUAUUUUUUUCAAGCUUUUCAGGUACUGACAUUUUACAGAAGUAUUUUCUUGUUCAUAUACGAUCUCUAUGUUUGGUGCCCAGGCUUAUGCUAUCUGUUGAUUUCGCAAAUAAUAAUAAAAAUGCUUUUGUAUAA